AUGCACACUCGGAGGCAGGCCCUGCCACUCGCAGCAGCAGCAUGGAUGCUACUCCAUGGUGCGGUAGCAGCUCCCAAACCCGGCGGCCUGGGCCAGCUACCACCUCCGGAGGCCUUAAGAUCGGCAGGUCUAGCUAGUGCAGCUUUGUCUUCAUCACUAGCUGCGAUUAUGGCAUCUGGAAUCCCUCCUGCAACUCAUACAGUUACUGUCCCAUCUGGAGGAGCUGCUACUGAAUCACUACCAACCGCAGCACCAAAUGGAGGAGCUACUCGGUCAGUCCCAACCACAGCACCAACUGGAGGAGCUACUCGGUCACCUGUAACCACAGCACCGACUGGAGGAGCUGCUACUGAAUCUCUUCCAACAACAGCGCUACCUGGAGGUGCUACUCGGUCACCUGUAACCACAGCACCAACGGGAGGGGCUGCUACUGAAUCACUCCCAACUACAGCACCAACUGGAGGAGCUACUCAGCCACCCCCAACUACAGCACCAACGGGAGGAGCUGCUAUUGAGUCGCGCCCAGGUACCUCCCCGGCCGGAGGAAUUGCUUCAAUUCCCCCCCCGUUGUCUCCCCCAACCGGUGGAGGGGUCCCUGCCUCUGAGGGGCCGGGAUUCUCUCCUGCUGGGGGUGGUGUGCCUGCCAGUGCAUCAACCCCUGUCACAGUCUCCGCGCCUCCAUUCGAGUCUCCAUGUGCGCCUAUGGUCGUGACGCAAGCCUGUCCACCAUGUCCCGCUCCUGCCGCACCAACCUGCGCACCCUGUCCUGCUCCUGGCACGAGUACUGCUACAUUCACCGUCACCGUUACUGAGACAGUUUGCCCUGGUUCUCAGAUUCCUCAAGGAGCGGGUGGCCCCACCGCAUCUCCAGGUGUUCCCGCCAUUUCACCUCCAUUCACUGCAACGGGUCCUGGCGCCCUAGCUCCGACAGCCGCAGGCCCAGGCGCUCCACAAGGUCCAACCGCGACAGGAACACACAUUUCAAGUGCCCCUCAGGCUCCUGGCGGAGCCGCAGGCGCAACUGCGGGACCUUCAACUCAGCCAGCGACUUCGGCUACUGGGGUUCCCGGUGUACCGCAAAGUCCCGGAGGCGGAGGCGCAGCCGCAGGACCUGCAACUACUCAGCCAGCGACUUCGGCUACUGGGGUUCCCGGUGUACCGCAAAGUCCUGGAGGUGGAGGCGCAGCCGCAGGACCUGCAACAAGUCUGCCGGUGACUUCAGCUAUCGGGGUUCCUAACAUCCCGCACGGUCCUGGAGGAGGCCCAAUUGGAUUCCCCAACACCACUUCAACCCACGUUGUAGCUACAACUACAGAAACCAUUGUUUCAACUGUUCUCCUGCCUACUAACGGUGGUGGAGCCGCAACAUCGGGUGCUGUUCAAACUUCCAGGCUCGCUGAGACUACAGGAACCAGUUUCGCAAACGUCACACGCACUGCCGGGGGUGGACCAACUGGGUUGCCGAGUGUGACCUUGACCCCUGCCAUACCUACAGGCCCUGGAAUCUCUAACAUUACUGGUACUGUUGGGGGAGGCGUGUCCGUCUCAACUCCUACUAGCGCGACAAUCUCUGCCACACCAACCAGACCAGGCGGAACAGCACCACCAGGCGGAGGUGUGCCUAUCCUGACUCCUACCACUACAAGCCCUGCUACACCAACCAGACCAGGCGGAACAGCACCGCCAGGCGGAGGCGUCGCAACAAUCUCUGCCACACCCACCAGACCAGGCGGAACAGCAUCGCCAGGCGGAGGCGUGUCCGUCUCAACUCCUACUAGCGCAACAAUCUCUGCCACACCCACCAGACCAGGCGGAACAGCACCGCCAGGCGGAGCCGUGUCCGUCUCAACUCCUACUAGCGCGACAAUCUCUGCCACACCAACCAGACCAGGCGGCACAGCACCACCAGGCGGAAGUGUACCUGUCUCAACUCCUACUACCGCUACAAGCCCUGCUACACCGAUCAGACCAGGCGGAACAGCACCGCCAGGCGGAAGUGUGCCUGUCUCAACCCCUACUAUUGCUACAAGCCCCGCCACGGCGACUGGACCAGGCGGAGCAGUACCAGCAACCAGAGCAACACCACUAGGCGGAGGCGUGUCGAUCUCAACUCCUACUAUUGCUACAAGCUUUGCCACGCUGACAGGACCGGGUGGAGCGGCACCGUCAGUUGGAACAGUAGUACCAGGAACAGCAGCAACACCAGGGGGAACAGUAGCACCUGGCGGAGGAGUAGCAGGUGCUGGAACAGCAGCAACACCAGGGGGAACAGCAGCAACACCAGGCGGAACAGUAGCAGCUGGCGGAGGAGCAGCAGGAGGUGGAACAUCAUUACCUGGAGGAGCAGCAGCAGGCGGAGCACCAGCAGCAGGUGGAGGAGCUGCACCUGGCGGAACAUCAUUACCUGGUAGAGCACCAGCACCAGGCGGAGCACCAGCAGCAGGUGGAGGAGUCCCAACUGUUGUAAUUCCCGGUGGAAGUACCACUGCCACCUCUACUACCACCAUCCAAGUCGUCCAAACGCUAUCCGUUCUUCCUAGCCGGCCCCCCGCUCCGCAAACACAGGGGAAUACGGCUACACGUCCUGUAACCACGAGCACAGUGACCGGAGCAAGGACACCGCAGCCCACUCCCGCUAUUGAUCCAAAGAAGCGGACAGUGGCAGAAAAGACAGACAUCGCCCGGCCAGAUAAGCUCAAGGCGAAUCCUAUCGUGUUCCGCCGUCGGACGUGA